AUGGCGAACGGGUGGAGUCUAAUCAUCGGCCUGAUCGUCAUCGCCGUCGCGUCCGUUGUCGCUUGGCUGUUCAGUCCUAAGGGCGAGAACCAGACGCUCUGGCGGAGUACGCUUAUCCUCUCGUUUGUGUCUUGUUAUUUGAUGUGGGCGAUUACGUUCCUGGCGCAGUGGCAUCCGCUUAUUUCGCCGAAGAGGGCGGAUAUUAGACCUGAUCGGGUGCCGCAGUGA